UUAUCAGGGUACCUUCAACCCAACAACCGAUACUUCGGAGCUACUGUGGGAAGAGUAGCAAAUCGUAUUGGUAACAGUACCUUUACGCUAAAUGGUAAUGUUUAUCAGUUAGCUGCCAAUAAUGGUCCGAAUAGUUUACAUGGUGGUUUAAGGGGUUUCAAUAAGGUUGUUUGGGAUUAUUAUGUCAAAGGCACUAAGGUUGUAUUUAGUUACGCUUCAUCAGAUGGUGAAGAAGGUUAUCCAGGAAAUGUUGUGACUAAUGUUACUUUCCAACUUUCUGAUGAAAACGAGCUAGUUAUUGAUUAUAAAGCAUCCACUACCAAACCUACUCUGGUUAAUCUUACCAAUCAUUCGUACUUUAAUUUGGCUGGUAAUGGGUCUGGUGCUAACGGUUUAUUGGAACAUGUUGUUACCAUAAAUGCCGAUAGGUACACCGAAACAGAUGGUGGAAUACCUACAGGUACGAAUUGAGAGGUUUUUCAAUUUAAGGUUUCC